AUGAACGAGGGGAUGGAUGACAAGCGAGGAACGCGGCCGCGGCAGGAGCGGGCGCGCAGCGAGGCAUCAAUUACAGCCAAACACGCCAAUAUCGCUAAUAUUGUUUUCUCUUUCGGGAUCCCGGUGCCGGUGCCGGUCCCGCGUGGGCGCCGCCGCCGCUGCGAUCGAUGGCUCGGCGCUCGCCGUGCGGCCUGGCCGCGCUCGGCGCUGCACUGGCGCUGCCUGCCCGCGCCCCGGAAGGCGCUGCGCUCGAACCGGGGCCGCGGCGGCUCCGCCAGGUCGAGGAUGGGCCGGCGCUCCUCGGACACGGAGGAGGAGAGCAGGAGCAGGAGGAAGAAGAAGCACCGCCGGCGCUCCUCCUCCAGCAGCUCCUCGGGCAGCCGCAGCUACGGCCGCAAGAAGGCGGGCAGGAAAUCCAGGUCCAGGUCACGCUCUCGGGAUCUCCAGUCCUGGUCCCAUUCCUAUGAGAAAAGGCGCAGACACAGAUCCAGCAGCUCCUCCUCCUACGGCUCCCGGAGGAAGCGCAGCCGCUCCAGGGGCAGAGGCAAAUCCUACAGAUCCCAGAGGUCCAGGUCCAAGAGCAGAGCCAGGAGGUCCCGGCCGCGCUCCUACAGCCGCAGCAGCGAGAGGAGCAGCCACAGGAGAACCCCCAGCGGCUCCCGGGAGCGCCGCCGGCGGGACAAGGACAAGGACAGAGCCAAGGACAAGGGCAAAGGGAAGGAGAGGGAGACUCAUGGCUCCAAGGCUGGGGACUCUGCAAACAUCAAAGCUGGAUUAGAACAUCUGACUCCUGCUGAGCAGGCCAAGGCCAGGCUGCAGCUGGUGCUGGAGGCAGCUGCUAAAGCAGAUGAAGCCUUGAAAGCCAAGGAGAGAAGUGAAGAAGAAGCCAAGAGGAGAAAGGAAGAAGACCAGGCCACCCUCCUGGACCAGGUGAGGAGAGUGAAGGAAAUCGAGGCCAUCGAGAGCGACGCCUUCGUGCCGCAGAGCUUCCGCUCCAGCAAGGAGGGAAAAAAGUCAGCAGAAGCUGCUGAGCUCCAGCAGGAGCCUGUGAAUGUGGGAGCAGGAACCACUGAGGCAGAAAAGGAGAAAGAGCCUCCAGCUGCCAACAUCCCCACUGCCAUCAAAUACCAGGAUGACAAUUCCUUAGCACAUCCAAAUCUGUUCCUGGAGAAGGCGGAGGCAGAGGAGAGGUGGUUCCAGAGGCUGCUGGCGCUGCGCCAGGAGAGGCUGAUGGGGAGCCCCGUGGCCUGAGGCUCCAGCCCCUCCCCAGCCCCUCCCCAGGCCAUUCCUGCUCUUUUUGGGCUCUUCUUGUCUCCCAGGGAUUUGGAUGAGCAGGGCAGGUAGGGAGGGGUUCAGCUGGAUAACCAGGAGUGUUCUGUCCUGUAUCCAUUCCUGGAAAACCAGAAAUGUCCUGUCCUGUUCCACCUGGAUAACCAGGAAUGUCCUGUCCUGGUUCUCCUGAAUAACCAGGAGUGUUCUAUCCUGUUCCACCUGGAUAACCAGAGAUUUCUGUCCUGGUUCUCCUGAAUAACCAGAGAUUUCUGCCCUGUUCCACCUGAAUAAACAGGAAUGUCCUGUCUUGUUCUACCUGAAAAACCAGAAAUAUUCUGUCCUGUUCCACCUGGAUAAUCAGGAAUUUCCUGUCCUGUUCCACCUGGAUAAUCAGGAAUUUCCUGUCCUGUUCCACCUGGAUAACCAGGAAUGUCCUGCCCUGGUUCCCCUGAAUAACCAGAGAUUUCUGCCCUGUUCCACCUGGAUAAUCAGAAAUGUUCUAUCCUGUUCCACCAUUCCUGUAUCCAUUCCUGGAUAACCAGAAAUGUUCUGCCCUGUUCCACCUGGAUAACCAGGAAUGUUCUAUCCUGUAUCCAUUCCUGGAUAUCCAUGGAUGUUCUAUCCUGAGUCCAUUCCUGGAUAUCCAUGGCUGUCCUGCCCUGUUCCACCUUUCCUGUGUCCAUUCCUGGAUAUCCAUGGAUGUUUUAUCCUGUAUCCAUUCCUGGAUAUCCAUGGAUGUUCUAUCCUGAGUCCAUUCCUGGGUAUCCAUGGAUGUUCUAUCCUGUAUCCAUUCCUGGAUAUCCAUGGAUGUUCUAUCCUGUAUCCAUUCCUGGAUAUCCAUGGAUGUUCUAUCCUGUAUCCAUUCAUGCAUAUCCAUGGAUGUUUUAUCCUGUGUCCAUUCCUGGAUAUCCAUGGAUGUUUUAUCCUGAGUCCAUUCCUGGAUAUCCAUGGAUGUUUUAUCCUGUGCCCAUUCCUGGAUAUCCAUGGAUGGUCUAUCCUGUGUCCAUUCCUGGAUAUCCAUGGAUGUUCUAUCCUGUGUCCAUUCCUGGGUAUCCAUGGAUGUUCUAUCCUGUGCCCAUUCCUGGAUAUCCAUGGAUGGUCUAUCCUGUGUCCAUUCCUGGAUAUCCAUGGAUGUUCUAUCCUAUAUCCAUUCCUGGAUAUCCAUGGAUGUUCUAUCCUGUGUCCAUUCCUGGAUAUCCAUGGAUGUUCUAUCCUGUGCCCAUUCCUGGGUAUCCAUGGAUGUUCUAUCCUGUGCCCAUUCCUGGAUAUCCAUGGAUGUUCUAUCCUGUGUCCAUUCCUGGGUAUCCAUGGAUGGUCUAUCCUGUGUCCAUUCCUGGAUAUCCAUGGAUGUUCUAUCCUAUAUCCAUUCCUGGAUAUCCAUGGAUGUUCUAUCCUGUGUCCAUUCCUGGAUAUCCAUGGAUGUUCUAUCCUGUGCCCAUUCCUGGAUAUCCAUGGAUGUUCUAUCCUGUGUCCAUUCCUGGAUAUCCAUGGAUGUUCUAUCCUGUGUCCAUUCCUGGAUAUCCAUGGAUGUUUUAUCCUGUGUCCAUUCCUGGAUAUCCAUGGAUGUUUUAUCCUGUAUCCAUUCCUGGGUAUCCAUGGAUGUUCUAUCCUGUGUCCAUUCCUGGAUAUCCAUGGAUGUUCUAUCCUGUGUCCAUUCCUGGAUAUCCAUGGAUGUUCUAUCCUGUGUCCAUUCCUGGGUAUCCAUGGAUGGUCUAUCCUGUGUCCAUUCCUGGAUAUCCAUGGCUGUCCUGCCCUGGUUCUCUCCAGGCUCAGUGCUGCAGAUGGACAGGGCAGCACAGCCAGGGGCAUUUCCUUUUUUUUUUUUUUUUUUUUUUUUUUUUAUUUUUGGAGGGAAUUCCUCAGGUGCAGAACACCUGGCAGCCCAUGAAACAUCACUGAAUCCCUCCUAAUCCAAAAUAUUGUAUAGAGCCAGGUGGGGGCUGGGAGAUGAAUGGGAAACUGAGGCUCAGGGCUGGGACAGCCAGGGGUGAGUUACCAAAUUAUGGAAUUCUCUCACAGCUGGCUCUGGGCUGUGGCUGUUCCCAGUUCCCUUUGGUCAGGUGGGACUUCCAAAUAACGAAAAUUUAGUCUGAACAUCUGAAUUUAGCCUGGAUAAACUUCCACAGAAAUCUGCCCAUCAUCCAUCUCAGUGCAGGAAAUCAAGCAAAUCAAAUCAGUUGAAUGCAGAAGUAUUUCUGCAGCAGCUGGAGGGAAUUGUCACAUCAGGAGAGAGAACUGAGCCCCACCUCUGGCUGUGCCUCCAUCAGCAUCCCCUGGGGAUGGUUUUUUGGGAUGGUUUCUCCUGGUUCUCAGGUCUGUGGUGAUAAAAAAGUGGAGGCUGACUCUGGAAAUGGACUUUGGUUGUUUUAUUUUUUGUUUUAGAUCCCAGAUAUAAAAGGCAAAUGUAUUGAAUUUGCAUUCUGACACAUUUUUACUUCCUUUAUGAAGUGUUACUUUGACUUUAUGCUGCAUCAAAAUAUUCCAAGACCUUGUCUGCAGGAAAAAGUGGGAAAAAAUUUGUUUCCCUUGUUUCAUUUCAGCAUUUUCAGAUGGUAAAUAUUUGUCAUUGCUGUGUUUUCUAAUCACCUUUUAUGUUUUUUUCUUAGAAAAUAAAAUCUGUUUGAUGUCCAUGGAA